AUGAAUGUCGAAGUGUGUAGAAACUUCCUUUUAGUAAAGACGAAAUUUCCUGAUGAAUUGAGUAAUGGAGAGUAUCAAUUUAAAGAUGAGCAUUUCAAAAAGUAUUGUACUAAUGGUUGUAAUAAUCCUCUUGAAAAAAUUAAUGCUGGCUGUUUAUAUUUUUUUGAUGAAUUCUUUGGGACUUCUUCUGUGUUUCAGUCUGUCGCAAAAAAUAACAUCAAUAUUGUUGAUUACAUUAUCAUAUGGUUAAGUUAUAUGUUAAGCCUCAAGAAAAAUCAAUCAAACGAAAUUCUAAGUUAUUUUUAUAAAAUAUAUAUAAAUGGUGGUAAUAAGUAUAAAACGCCUAUAACUGGUGUUGAUGGUUAUUAUAGUAAUUAUAAUGAUAUUAUAAAUAAAAAAAUAGAUUUGACGAAAGUGGAUAUGAGAAUUAUUUCUAAAUUAUAUGAUGCAUUUAUUACAUUAUGUAAUAUGUAUAGUGAUUAUAAUGAAAACACAUCAAAUUGCACAAAAUGCUCGCAAAAAGCUAUUAAAUUUGUUGAGCAAUAUGAAGAACUCAAGAAAGAUUCUACUAUUACUAAUAAUAAUUCCUACAAUCAACUAUUGUCUACUUUAUUAAAUGAUUAUAAUAAUUUAAAAAAUAUAUGUAGCGAUACUUCAUCCUUUCCACUGAUAGAAAAAGCACAAACUUCUGAAGUUAUAUCAAGUUCGUCGAUAGCAAACAACUUAUUAAUAGUUUUAUCGAUAUUUGGUGCAAUAUCAAUUUUUUUGGGGAUUUCUUAUAAGUAUUCGUUAUUUGGAUUUUGGAAACGAUUUAAAAAACAACAAAUAAGAGAAAAAAUAAAAAAUAUAAAGAAGAAAAUGAAUCAAUAA